AUGACUGAAAUCAAAUCAAUCUACAGCGACGCAGAUAUCCCCAAAGUUGGUUUAUUUGACUUUGUAUUACCACCUGAAUUAGAUAGCAAUCACAAUACGGCAUUUAUUGACGCUACAACUGGAAUUCAGUUGACAUAUUCACAAUUAAGGACAAAUGCAUUAAAACUAGCAUAUGGUUUAAGGAAGUUCAAAGCUAUAACUAAGAAUGACACUGUGCUUGUCAUUAGUCCAAAUUCGCUCGUUUAUCCUAUCAUCUUCUUAGGUACAAGCGCUACCGGAGCAAAAGUUUCUGUCGCAAAUCCCGCAUAUACGCAUUUAGAACUUUCACAUCAAAUUAAAGAUUGCAAGGCUUCAUUUAUAUUCGCUCAUCCUGAUAAUAUCAAUCUCACCAAGCAAAUUUUGAAAGAAAUUGGUUGGUCUGACAAUAAAAUUUCAGAUAGAUUAGUUACCGCGACAGAUAAAGGUUUCAAUGGCCAUAAAUCUUAUACUCAAUUAUUGACUGUUCAACGUCAGUUUGGUAUUCCAGUCGCCUUUACUGGUGAAGACGUACAUGACGUUGCUCUUAUGUGUUACAGUAGCGGUACUACUGGCUUGAGCAAAGGUGUGAUGACAAGCCAUUACAAUCUCGUUGCAAACAUAACUCAACUAGCAUGGUCACGUGGAUAUACUAUCCAAAAAGGCGACACUUUGAUGUCUGUAUUGCCAUUUUACCACAUAUUUGGAAUGACAGUCACAAUGCUCUUUUAUCUCUUCCAACGAGGACGUAGUGUGAUUCUUCCAAAAUUCGAGAUAAAUGCUUUUGGCGCUGCUAUUGAAAAGUACAAGGUUACAGUUACUUCACUUGUCCCUCCUAUCAUCGUAUUAUUAGCAAAUACAGAUAUUGAUAAAAAGUAUAAUUUCUCAAGUCUUAGAUUACUGCAAGUUGGUGCUGCUCCACUCGGAGAGGAAGUUACUAAAAAAAUUGCACACAAAUUCAACGAUGUUAUCACUAUAGCUCAAGGAUAUGGUCUGACGGAAACUACUCCGGUAACACACAAAAUGUCAUUGGAAUAUGCCAAAUCCCAUAGUGGAUACAUUGGUCGACUUUUACCAAACACGAUAGCAAGAGUUGUUGAUGAAAAUGGAAGGGAUGUACCAGGUGACAACAAAAGCAGCGGAGAGUUAUGGAUAAAAGGACCACAAGUAAUGAAAGGGUACUUAAACAGACCAGACGCGACAGCAGAGUGUAUGACACCUGAUGGAUUUUUCAAGACUGGUGAUGUUGCCAUAUGGGAUAAUAAACUCAACCUAUUCAAGAUAGUUGAUAGACUCAAGGAAUUGAUUAAAUAUAAAGGGUUCCAAGUUCCUCCUGCCUCACUCGAAGGCUUACUUUUAUCACAUCCAGAGGUAAAAGAUGUGGCGGUUAUAGGUGUAUACGAUGAUAAGCAAUCCACAGAAUUACCACGAGCAUAUAUUGUCCCAAAAAAUGAAGCUAAUAUGAAUGAUACCAAAUGGUGCGCUGAUGUUCAAACGUGGGUAUCUACCAGAGUCGCUAAUCAUUCGAAAUUACGUGGUGGCGUUAUUACUAUAGAUAUAAUACCUAAAUCAGCUUCUGGAAAGAUUCUCAGACGUGAAUUACGUACUCUAGCUGCAAAACAAGACAAAGCUACAGCUAAACUCUAA